CAAUCGCGUUUCAAGGUUUCAGAUGUGGCUUUGUGGUCGGCUCUGUUUUGAUGUAGUUGGCAAAAAAAAUUACAUAUUAAGCGAGUUUUAUCCGUGAAGACGACGUGAGACGUUUUUGAUUAUAUUUUUAUUUUCUGAGUUUAGAGCAUUGCUAGACUGAACUUGUAACAAAUGGUGUAGUUUAUUUUGGCUAACCUUGGCUGCUACUGUUUUUAGCCGUCGCGAGCUGGCAUGGCGUUAGGAACCAAUGUCAAGAAUGCGUCGAGCUAGCUCUCGCCAUGUUUUAAUUAAGUCCCAUGGUUAUUAUUAGCAAUGGACGUAAUGCCGUUUAGUUUAUAUGCUUUCCUGUUAUUUUCCUCUGGACUCUACAGAUAAACGGAUCUCGGAAAGAUUUCUUAGCCACCGUUACAGGUCGGGUUGAGCCGAAAUGGACGCCCGAGUCUCACCUGCCCAAACAGAUUUGUAGCAGCAAAUAUCAUCAACUCUGGUUACGCACUAGAAGCCAAAUUUUGGUUCAUCUUUCUUUUCUAUGACACAACCAGUUUAUGCCCAGUUAGAUUCGGUGGAAUCGCUUUUGGACGAGCUCCCAUAUAUGUUUUAUUUGGGCCUGUUCUUUGUGAACGUCCUCAUCCUCUACUAUGCCUUUCUGAUGGAGUACAUAGUCCUGAAUGUGGGGAUAGUGUUUCUGCCCGAGGAUAUGGACCAGGCUCUGGUGGAUCUCGGGGUGCUCUCAGAUCCGGCCUCUGUACCCUACGACACAGACACGGAGCUGGAUGUGUUUGAGGGCUAUCUGGAAUGACAACAUGGAGCAAAGCGGGCAGGUGGACGCAGCUGCAGGCUCACCCUCGCAGAGACAAUAUACAGGAAAAAAGUUGUCUCAGUUUAAAGAAAGGUGACCCGAGGAAAGGACUGAACCUUGUUAGACCACAUGAUCAGCAACAGGAAGUAGACUUUCCACCAGAUCAUUGAUGCUACUGACCCUCAUAUUGGUAACUGAAAGGAAGCACCGUGUGCUGCAAGUGACGAGUAACAGUCAAUCCUUUUAUCUGAGAAGCAGAUCAUGUGUCUGAUCACCUGCAAGGUUGGGAUCCAGCUGCCUGACCCUGACGGCAUCAAAAAGCCAACUUACAGGAACUUGGUCACUUCUUUUACAGUGUUAUAAAACAUUUAAGAAGAACUAGCAAAUUACCAAGAAGACUGCAUCUUCCUGUAAGCAUGUUGCAUACUUGAUCACCCUGAGAACAGUUUGUUUCUUUUUAAUUGAGAACACCAAAUUCAUGGCUGCUUUACAAGCUCUUUCAUUCAGUGUGUCUUUUGAGGUUCUCCAUAUUUAAUUUCUGUAUCAGAGAUGUACGCCUCUCAGGAGCAUGAAUUAACUAAAUCUGGUUACACUGGCAAGACGUAAUAUCCCUGAAGAUACACUGCAGAGCUGCAGGGUGAAAAAAAUCAUUUUUUUUAUCUUUACUGUUUUUUUUUAAUGCUGUCUGUACUUAAAUCAUGAGCUGUUAGUCAAAUCUAUUUUUCUCAAGUUAAAUAAUACGCCAAAUCUUCUUAUGGAAAACCUCAAAAGAUGUGCGUGGGAGUCCUUUAUCUAAGUCAUGUUUAAUGACUACAAGAAAUUUGGUGCAGGAGAUUACUUUUAAUUUAAAAAAAAUACUUUGUUUUCAAUUUUACAUAUUCAGAAAUCAUUUCAAAAAUAUAUGUUUUCAACAGCAAUAAUAAAUAAAGGAAGAGGAGGAUUAGAUAUUAAGGRGAUUAUUUUUAACCUUUGAUUGUAAAAUAAACAGACUUUACUGUUUCGGUGAGGACUGUUAAGGGACAUAUUCUAUGCUUUAAAUGUACUGUACAUGCUGCAGAUCUAUGUGGAGUGAUUACAGCCCAGCUAAUAACUAAACAUUUAUUUUGGGGGGGAAAAAUAAGUAUUUUUUUUUUCCUGAAGCAAACUUUACGCUCGGAUGACAUUUUGAUGGUUUUAAAUCCAAACCAGGAGUAUUUAUUUUCACAUGCAUGUUUCAGAUUGACACUUGGUGAUCCCGAAUUGCAUUUCCUUUUAUUUUUAAUACCAGACAGCAUUUCUCAGUCAUGUUCAAGUUUUAAUUAGCUGCCUGCUCAGCUAAAAUGGCAACCUAAAACAUAGCCAGCCAGCUACCAACAACUACACUGUGGGAAAUUUAAAUAUCUAACUGUCAUCAAGAAUGUGUGUGUAGAAUUACAGAACUUGCAGAACUUUUUUUUUGUUUUGAUAGAUUAAAAUCAGCAAUGAAGCAGAUUUUUUCCUUUCUUUAGAUUCAAGCUGCCGUAAAGCAAUAUUUUGUAUAAAUGUUUAAUUUGUGCAUAAAUAAGUAUUUUGGAGUGACUAUGAAAACAAACUAAAAACUCAGGAUACUGCUUGUUAGUAAUUAUUAUAAAUUAUAUUUGUACAAAAUUUGAUCAAAAAGUUAUAUAAUUGUUGAUUAGACAUGCAUAGUUAUAUAUUUUUUCUUGUUUUAUUACAAACAUUUAAAAAUGUAUUGCAAAUUACAAAUGAAACUGUUGAAUGGAGCUGACUAGUAUUGUUUAAAAGUGUAAUGCAAUCCUUUUUUGCAUGUUUGUGGGGGGGAGGUUGUAUUAUGUUGAGAAUUUACAUAUCAUGUAAUUUGUUUAAAGAUAGUAAAAUCUGGAAUGUGUGGUAAAGCUCACUUGGUAGAGUCCAACCAUGAGAGGUUUAACUUCUAGAUCUUCACAGUUCACAAAAUYUCAAAGCUGGAAAAUGCCCCAAAAUAUCUUCAGAGUUGUGUCAUUUCAAAUUAUUUUGCAGCUGAAAUGAUUUGCAUGCUAUUUUUUUUAUUGGUUGAAAUAAACAGUCAUUUUCACAGCUGUCAUGAACAUCUACAGACUCUCCGACGCUUGUGUCAUCCCUCCACAUUUACAUGCCUUCCAUUACCUACAGAUUGUCAGUUUUAUUUUCUGAUGUGCAUUUAAUAAACUGACUGAAUGCCAA